AUGGAGACAUCGGACCUGUCAGAGUUCAACAUAUCUGACGGCACCUUAGCCAAAUUGAAAUCUGCUGGUAUUACGAGCCUGUACAAGGUUCAAGCAGAGACCUAUGAGCACAUAAAGAAUGGUGAUGAUGUCGUGACUUUGGCAAAAACUGGCUCUGGCAAGACUUUGGCCUUUUCCAUUCCAAUAAUCGAGCGGAUUAAGGAAAAUGGUCAACAAUUUACGCAUGGUCGUCAUCCGGUCGCCAUUGUUCUUGCGCCUACGAGAGAACUAGUUGUCCAGACCGCGUCUGUUUUAUCUUCAAUAGCGCCAGAGAAAUUGGUCGUCCUCUCCGUGUACGGGGGUGUUGCUUAUCAGCCCCAAAUCCGGUCGCUGAAAGCUGGUGUAGAUAUUGUUGUUGGUGCACCUGGACGUAUAAUCGACUUAAUGUCAAAUAACCAUCUCCAACUGGACGGCAUUCAAUAUGUUGUUCUUGAUGAAGUCGACCGGAUGCUUGAUAUGGGUUUCAGUGCAGAUGUCGAGAAAAUUCUUUCUCAGGUUUACGAAUCUGAAAAGAAGCCACAAACACUACUCUUUUCAGCUACGCUGCCAAAGUGGGUUUCAGAAAUCAGCAAAAAAUACGUAUCUUCAAACUGCAAACAGAUCACUCUCGUGAGUAAGGAGGAAGCACGGACGGCGGAUACGGUAGAGCAUUUGGCCAUCCUCUGUCCCUACUACGAACGGGCUAAUGCCCUUGCUGAUACCAUUCGGGUUUACUCAAAGGGCUCCUCCUCCAGGUGCAUUGUCUUUUGCGAGAAGAAGAAGGAUGCUGAUGAGUUGGCAGCUCAUUCCGCCAUGGCUAGUGAUUGUCACGUCUUUCAUGGCGACAUCCCACAGGAGAAACGAGAAUUGAUCCUUCAGAAAUUUCGCGAAGGCAAGUACAAAACCUUGCUGACGACAAACGUUGCAGCCCGUGGGCUGGAUAUUCCAGACGUCGAAUUAGUGAUCCAAUGUGCACCACCGUUUACCGCCGAGGACUACAUUCAUCGUUCUGGAAGGACCGGCCGCGCUGGGCGUUGUGGUACAAGCAUCUGCUUCUACACAAUGAAACAGCGUCAGAAUUUGGCUUUCAUUGAGCGCGGUGCUGGGAUUGUGUUUAAGCGUAUUUCCGCCCCUACUCCCAGUGACAUUGUCGAUGUGUGGGCUUCGGAGUUGUCACAUUUAGUUACUCGAUUAUUUGGAGGGUUGGCAACACCUGUCGGCGAUUUUUUUAUUUGUAGAACCUUUUCGGAGAUUCCAGAAUCAACCUGGUCAACAUUUCUUCCAGCUGCGCGACGCUUAGUGAAGUCCACAGUUUCACAGACAAACACAGGAGUCAGUAAGAAGCCCAAAAAGUCGAAGAAAUCCAAAACAGAUGAUAGUAAAGAACCCGAAAAAGUUCAAAAUGGGCAUUCAGACAUCCCUGUUUCCACUUAUGAGAAGGCACUCUGCUGUGCGCUGGCUAAAAUUGCGGGAAAAUUGAAGACAAUGGAGAGCCGUUCGAUUUUAUCUGCGCAUGCCGAUUUGACUGCUUUUCGCCUGGGUCUUCCUCAUCAUAUGACUGCUCAUAGAAAGGGUUUUUGCUACUCUCUUCUCACUAAACAGUUGGAUUCGGAGAUCACUGAAAGCAUUCGCAAUUUGGCCAUCAUUAAGGGGCGGAAGGGCUUCGUGUUCGACGUGCCGGACGACAAAGUAGAGGCCAUCGAAUCCACCUGGGUUAAUGGUAACAAUGGAAUCGUCCUUGAAAAGCUCACUGAACUCCCCGAACUCGAGCCCGAGAUGGACGAGUUAAACGGUAAUUACGGCCACGGGGACGGGUUUCGUUCCGGCGGUUUCCGAAGUCGCGGUGGUGCUGGACGUGGUUUUGGUGGUGGAAAUCAUAGAGGUGGCCGAGGACUUCAUACUAACAAUGGUCGUGGAGGAGGCUUUGCCAAAGGCGGGAGAGGUUUUACUCGUGAACGUGUUCUCGGUCGGUUUUCUGCGUCCGGCAGAGAAAUGCCGUCAACAUCUAGUGACAACUUAGUGUCAGAAAGGACGUCUUCUAGCGCACCUGCUCGCUUUUCUCGGCGUACUGCUUCUGACGUCGCCCGAUUCACUACGACCGAGUCCCCCUCCAAGGAAUCCUCGUCUAUGGAACCACCGAGAAAACGAUCACGCAAUCCCAUGGACUCUUCAGCGCCUAGCCCUCGAAAGAGUGUCACAGUUACAGUCAAGGCCCAAGACACUGAAGAAUUUCAUUCCCCCGCUGCUUCCGUCAUCCACUCCGCUGCGUCAAAACAUGCCCCGGUGAUGCCGCAAACCCUGCCUCCAGAUGCAUCUAAUACGGAGAAGGUAAUCGCGGUUAUCAACUUUCUUCGAGAUCGACGCCGACGUCCGGAUGAGAAAAUCGUAAUUCUUUACUCUGAACGACUGUACCAGAUGUCCUCCACCGAGACUAAGGCCUCACUUCAGUCUUUGGUGGAAGAAAAUAGAAUCUUCCGAGUGAAGUAUCCUAGUGGCGUCUCCUACCGCUACCAUAUGUCCGUCGUUGCCCGGGGCGACACAGUCGCCCAACAUUCGAAUAGAAUUCGAGCGAAGUAUACGGUUAACCCCUCAAAAUCAAAUGGGACGGCAAAGGCCCCGGUCAGUCGUACUCCGACUCCCAUGGGCGAAACUUUUAGCGGGGUGGAGAUGACCGCAUUCAAGUCUUUCCUUCGACUCAUCUCGCCUAGUAGUUGCGUUAUCCGACCGUCAAAUUUGACACCCAGUGGUGACUGUUCCGUGGUGGAUAAGAUUCAGACUCUCCUCCCAGAAGAUAUGCUCGGAGGAGAUGUGGCACAGUCCGAACCCGGUGUCUCAGUCUAUGUUCUGCCACCUCCGACUCCAGUGAGCUUGGAGACUGUGGAAAAAGCUCUCAGAUCUUUACCUCAUAUGGCAUUGACUGCUGAUCCAAGCGGUUCUUCGGCUCCCCAGCAGAAUGGACGUAAUGGAAUUAAGUCGGAUGACGCUAGUUCUGCUACUCGCGAUUUCCAACCAACUUCAGCACCUGGUCACCUUCCCGUCCAGUCUAUUGUCUCCGAUCCUGCAAUGUCCAUUCUCCUUCGCCGUCGUCCUUGCGAGGGAUUCACCGAACUCUGGGUUCGGUCGCCCGGUUCAACGCUUCGCAAUGCCUUCACUCUUCAGGUUUUGAGUGAGUUGACAGAGGCGCUGCAACUGGCGGAGACGGAUAACCAAAUCCGUGCAGUUUUAAUUUCCGGCGUUGGACGAGUCUUCUCCUCUGGUAUUGAUUUACCCACCCUCUCCACUAGCUCCAAUUCCACUGUUGUCACUUUCGUUGACUCUUUGGUUGCCGUCCUGCGCACCUUUCUGCUCAAGCUCUCUGCCUUCCCCAAGCUUCUCGUGGCAGGAGUGAAUGGACCGGCGGAGGGCCUGGCCACCGCUGUUCUACCACUCUUUGAUCUCGUCUACGCCAGCGAUCUCGCUAGUUUUCACACUGCUUACACGACCCUUGGACAGGUACCUGAGGCGGGCGCCACGUACACAUUGGCCCAGAAGGUGGGCAGCCCACUGGCCAAUGAUUUGCUCCUUGCUGGACGUCGGUUGUCGGCACGAGAGGCGCUGCAACGUGGUCUUGUCUCCGACAUCGUCUACCCCAAAAGCUUCUCUCAAGAGGUGACCCUCCGGUGUGCUCGAAUCGCCUGCCAAUCAGCUGCAGCACUGGAGACAACUAAGUGCCUCUCGCGCCUAUGUGACCGUGAGCGCGUGGAUUUCAUGAUCAACGCGGAGUGUCACAAACUAGCUGAAAUUUGGAAGACGUCCGAAUUUCGAGUUGCCGCCGCAAACUACGUGCAACACUGCAUGGACGACUUUCUUUGA